AUGGAAGAUGCAGCCGAGUCCCUGAGCCUGACACAAAUGACCGACGCUGAACCCAUCCCGACCGUAAUGGAGAGCCCGGAGGACUCAAGCUCAGAUGUUUCAAGCUCGGAAGAACAUACACCUAGCGAUACGGCAGAUCUACCUCAUAUCGUGAUCCAAUUGAUCCAGUGCCAACAGUGCUCCCGCCCUUUCCGAACUCCGCUCCGCCUACCAUGCGGGAAUUCGAUCUGUCGGGAAUGUUUGCCCGCCCUUCGGCCGCGGACGGGUAUUACGUACCCCGUGACUGAGGGGAGGAAUCAGGAAUUUACAUGCCUUUGGAAAGGAAAUAAGACGUGUGGUGGGGACCAUUGUGUUGCAGAUUGUGGCGCUGAUGUGCUGCUUGGGAAGCUGGUUGGCCUUUUUGGAGAAAUACUGAGGUCGGAGGCAGACAAUGUGCCUCUGGACUCGUCCGAGGAUGACGGACCAUUACUGCGCUGGAAAACCGACGGGCGGAAUCAGAACGGAAGUGGACAUUUGAAGCGACAUGGGUGGCUGAGGGGAAUCUAUAGCCUGGCACUGGAAGGCCGGUUCCCGUCUGAUGCAUGCGAAGUCAUCUAUGGAGAUUCCACAACCCCAGCCGGAAGCUUAGAAGUUCAGGAUCUCAUUCACUUCCAAAAACUGCGAGACAGUCUCUCCGCCGAGUUAGACUGUCAGGUUUGCUAUGCACUCCUUUUAGAUCCGAUCACGACGCCUUGUGGUCACACUUUUUGCCGAAAAUGUGUCGCGCGGGUCUUGAACCAUACAGAUCUGUGUCCCAUUUGUCGCCGAAAGCUAGGCAUUCCGAAUGAUCUACAGUCAGAGCCCAUAAACCAGCCUGUGGCACGGUUGGUCGAAUACUUUUUCCCCGACCAGAUCUCAGUCAGACGGGAGACCAGCGCCCAGGAUGAGACAGGCGCGGAUUACGAGAAGAGCUUGCCACUUUUUGUGUGCACGCUAUCUUUCCCGACAAUGCCUACUUUUCUCCAUGUCUUCGAGCCCAAAUAUCGACUUAUGAUUCAGCGGGUUCUUGCAAGUGGAAAUGGAAAGUUCGGCAUGGUCAUGCACAACCGGCAAGGCCGGGUACAGCCAGGUCAAUUACAUGACGCACCGUUUAUGCAAUACGGAACGCUAUUGAUGAUCGAGCGAUAUGAGCUGCUUCCAGAUGGUCGCAGUCUCGUGGUGGCUACAGGCGUAUCGCGGUUCAAGAUCGUCGACUCGGGAAUGCUGGACGGCUAUUAUGUUGCCAAAACAGAGCGCGUAGAUGACAUCUCGCUCGCAGAGGAGGAGCGACUUGAGUCGUUGGAGACCUCAACAGACGGUGUGAAUGCUCUGCCAGAAGGGAAUGAAGCUGAUCCUCCGUUAGGCUUAAUGCCAACACAACAGCUACUCCUCUCAGCAAGAGAGUAUAUCACCAACCAGCGCAGAUCUGGGGCUCCUUGGCUGCACCCGCGCGUCAUGCUAGCAUAUGGACCCAUCCCUACAGAUGCAGCCCGCUUCCCAUGGUGGUUCGCAAGCAUUUUGCCCAUCUCCGAGGAAGAGAAAUAUCCCUUACUCGCCGCCACAAGUGUUCGAGAGAGACUGAAACUCUCAGCAAAAUGGGCGAGACAACUUGAGGCUCGAGACUGGUAG